AUGGAGAGAGUGGUUUUGAUGCAUCAUCGUGCCAAGAAUCAAGACUUGGCCAUCGUCACCAUCCACCCGAUGCCGGCGCAUCAGCUAACUUUCCAAGCCAUCCGAGCAGUAGUGAUAGAUUUCUUGACCAACGAGCAGAAUGCUGUCUUCACUGAUAUGCAACCCACCCACCUUGGUCAGGCUUACGUUAGGUUUAGAAAUGCCUUUGAUAGAGAUCGUCUGAUUCAGCAUGGUGCUUAUAUUUUUGGUGAUGUCAUGAUCAUUUUUGUGGAGCAUAACAAGGGUAGAAACUGGCACACAAUCAACUUCAACAAGGAGUGUUGGUUGUUGCUGAUGGGAUUUUCGCCAGAUUUAAGGGAGGAUGAGUUUGUUGCCAAUACCAUCAGUACUUUUGGAGAAGGCUUCCAGGGCGAGUCAUGGACAGUGAAGUGUGAGGUACUGCAGGGUAAUUUGCUUGGUGUGCUGCCACAGGAUGAGGACCCUGCUCCUGGACCUGAUGCUUUCCCCUUGGUGAAUGGAUCGGGUCCUGCAGCUCAACCCAAUCUUCAGAUAGGCCCCAAUGUGGUUCCUGGAUGUUUUGGUGGACAGAACAAUCCAGUGAAUGAUAAUGCAACUGUUGGUGACUGGGAUGGCUGGCCUAACAAUAUCCAAAAUAUCCCCAAUUUUAACCUAAAUGAUAAUGUUGAGGGUCCUCAAGAGCUGGACCUCAAUAUGCAGCCAGAUAUACAGGAGAUGAUUGUGGAUCCAGUGUUUGCAGGACCACAACACGUUGGGAUGCCUCUUGACCUUAAUGAGAUUCUGAACCAAGUGAAUGAGUAG